GAACAGAUGUAAGACUCAAGAUAGGAAGGAAGUAUGUAUGUGGUGGGGAGCAAAGAUGCAUUUUGGGCAGUACUGCCUGGUUUUGUCCCUUGUCCUCCACACUUGUUCACCACCUCAGCGACAGAGUAGGGACUUUGUACUAAGGCAUUGUGAGGUCUAGAUGCGCUGGGGAGACCCCUCGCCAGGAAGGACUUCCAAAUAUCUGAUCAGGAUUCCUCAAAGCACUUGUCCCCACAGACGCACUGACAAGCAUCCUCCAUCAGGAGAUGAGAAGGAACGCAACGCUCACACCUGAGCUGGGGCAUGGAGCAAGAUGUCCUCCAAGCUAUUGACCGGGCCAUUGAGGCUGUGCACAACACAGCCAUGCGAGAUGGUGGCAAGUACAGCCUGGAACAGCGUGGAGUCCUUCAGAAGCUUAUUCAUCAUCGGAAAGAGACCUUGUCUCGAAGGGGCACCUCAGCUGCCAGUGCUUCGGUUAUGACCCCAUCCACCAGUGACCACCAUUUGGACACUGCUGUAUCUAGGCAGCCCAAUGGGGUGUGUCGAACUGGGUUUGAACGGCAGCAUAGCCUACCCAGUUCUGAGCAUCUCGGGACAGAUGGAGCCCUCUACCAGGUCCCACCACAGCCUCGGCGAGCAGCACCUGCCACCCCACCCCCACCAGUGAAGCGCCGAGACCGUGAGGCCCUGGUGAUCUCAGGGAGUGGUGGCCGCACAGCAGUACCCUCUGGAGGUAGUUCUGUGUCUAGUGGCUCUUCAGUCAGCAGCACCUCCAUGGACACACUCUACACUGGCUCUAGCCCCUCUGAGCUGGGUCCCAGCUGCUCACCCACACCUCCGCCUGUACCUCGCCGAAGUGCCCACACUACAGUGUCCCAGGCCCAGCCCUCUCCCUCCAAGGCACCAUCCCCGGAGCCCCCUGCUGAGGAAGUGGCAGCUGAAACAAACUCAGCCCCUGAUGACCUCGAAGCUCUGGAUGCCCUGAGCCCAGAGACCACAGAGGAGAAGCCAGCUACUGAGACAGUUGUGCCAAGGACCAUUGGGGCAGAGCUGAUGGAACUUGUUCGGAGAAACACUGGUCUGAGCCACGAAUUAUGUCGUGUGGCCAUUGGUGUCGUGGUGGGUCACAUCCAGGCCUCCGUACCAGCCAGCUCGCCUGUCAUGGAGCAGGUCCUCCUCUCGCUGGUAGAGGGCAAGGACCUGAGCACAGCCCUACCCUCGGGGCAGGUCUGCCAUGACCAGCAGAGACUGGAGGUGAUCUUUGCAGACCUGGCUAGAAGGAAGGAUGACGCCCAGCAGCGCAGCUGGGCUCUUUACGAGGAUGAGGAUGUCAUCCGCUGCUACCUUGAGGAACUGUUGCACAUCCUGACGGAUGCAGAUCCUGAAGUUUGCAAGAAAAUGUGCAAAAGGAGUGACUUCGAAUCUGUCCUAGCCUUGGUGGCCUAUUACCAAAUGGAACACCGAGCGUCACUUCGGCUGCUGCUCCUCAAGUGCUUCGGCGCCAUGUGCAGCCUGGACGCAGCAAUCAUCUCUACUCUGGUCUCUUCUGUGCUACCUGUGGAAUUGGCACGGGACAUGCAGACCGACACACAGGACCACCAGAAGCUCUGUUAUUCCGCCCUUGUCCUGGCCAUGGUCUUCUCCAUGGGAGAGGCGGUGCCCUACGCACACUAUGAACACCUGGGUACACCCUUUGCCCAGUUCCUACUGAGCAUCGUUGAGGAUGGCCUGCCCCUGGACGCUACAGAGCAGCUGCCAGACCUCUGCAUGAACCUGCUUCUGGCUCUCAACCUGCACCUGACAGCUCCUGACCAGAAUGUCAUCAUGGCUGCCUUAAGCAAGCACACCAACGUGAAGAUCUUCUCAGAGAAGCUGCUUUUGCUUCUGAACAGAGGGGACGAUCCUGUGCGUAUCUUCAGACAUGAGCCCCAGCCGCCACACUCUGUCCUCAAGUUCCUGCAGGACGUGUUCAGCAGCGCUGCCACGGCCUCCAUCUUCUACCACACAGACAUGAUGGCGCUCAUUGACAUCACUGUGCGCCAGAUUGCCGACCUGUCACCUGGAGACAAGCUACGCAUGGAGUACCUCUCCCUGAUGCAUGCCGUGGUCCGCUCCACACCCUACCUCCAGCACCGGCAUCGGCUGUCUGACCUGCAGGCUACACUGCGGCGCAUCCUGACUGAGGAAGAGACCUCACCCCAGUGCCAGAUGGACCGCAUGAUUGUCCAAGAGAUGUACAAGGAGUUUCCGGACCUGGGAGAGGUCCCCAGCUAGCACUUCUCUUUACUCCCUUCUCUGCAGCCCUGGGAGGGUGCAGAGAACUCAGGGGCUUUGCUCUAAGGAUGUUUUGCACUGAUAUUGUGAGGUGAUAAAAGAUUAGAAGGGACCUGAGCCGGGCCCCUUACCUGAAGUCAGUGUAAGGGGCCAGAUAUAGGACUGGGGACCACAGUCUGGGACCUCUGUUGGGGCAGAGGAAUGUGCAAGCUGAAGGCCUUCUAUUUGCUGGUAGGCUGCCUCUUCAGCAUGUCACCCCCACCCCGUCCUCAUGUGCAUACCCAGAGUCCUGCUGCUGCUCCGGGCUGGGCUGCUGCUAUCCCUACCCACUGUCUUGGCCGGGCCUCAGCAGGCCGUGUCCGUAGGGUGAGGGAGGCGCCUUCUGUCAGCUCUGUGCUUUGCCUUAGCUUUGCAGUGAGUGCUGCUCAUGUGCAGCCUUUGUCCCCUUACCCCCUUAGGGACCGCUGUCCCUCAGUCCCCUGCUUUCAGCCCCAGAGGCCUUGGCCAAGCUGUUGCCUUGAAAGCAGGAUCCUAGAGACAGGCCAUCCAUCCUGCAGCCCCAUGGGACAGGAUGAUGGUGCUGAGAAAGCCAAUGACAGAAUCUAUUUUCUCUGGAAAAAAAAAAAAAAAGUAGGCCAAAAGCCAUGUGUAUUUUCCUAUGUACCACAGCUUACCUUCAGAAAUAAAUUAUAGGCGUCAGGAAUCGGGCUUCCCUGUAUGAUCCUGAGGGGAGAGGAUGGGAAGGGUGGUGGGGGCUCAGCACCUCACACCUCCAGCUUAACAUCUGCAGCCCAGAGAGGUGAUGGCCCUUGACAAGACUGGCCUCUCCCAUGCUUCCUCUAGGGCCCAGCCGCAGCCACUGCCCCAGGGCACACCUGUAGGGAGCUAUCCCUUUUGGGUCCCAUUCCUAUCUUGGCCAUGGUGGUGCACACCCUUAAUCCCAGCACCUGGGAGGCAGACAGACAGAUAACCACAAUCAGCCGAGUUUACAUAGUUCCAGGCCAUCCAGGGCUAUAUAGGGAGAGCCUAUCUCACUAAGAAAACAAGUAAAAUAAAGUUAUCGAAUCCUGUCGUCACA